GUUUUGUAACAGUUCAUUCGCUUGUUGUCUGCUACACACGACUGAGUCCGCUUCUGCAAAAGCCAUGUCCUUAAUUGCUUACGGCGGUGUUCGACCUCUUACGUAUCGAAUAGGUACUCAAUUCUUACAGAAAAGCAGUACUCAGAAGAUCUUUCAAAUUCCUAAUUUACAACGACUCCUUUCAGCAACAUCAUCUUCAGCUUCGUCGUCAACACUUCUAAAGCAGAAUUAUGAAAACUCCCAAGUCUCUCCGACCUCAGGAGAACAGGUCCCUUCUCCGGAACCCUUCGUGAAAAACCUUUUCCUUGGCAAAUUCGACAAAUCAAAUCUUAUUUACCCUGAAAUAUCAAACAAUGAAGAACUUGAUGAACUUAACCAAAUGCAUGAACAAGUGGAGCGUUUCUUUUUGGAAGAAGUUGAUUCUCAGAAGAUUGACAGUGAUGCACACAUUCCUGAAGACACAUUGAAAAUGAUAGCAGAAAUGGGACUUUUUGGCCAACAAGUACCUACAAAAUAUGGUGGACUUGGAUUAAAUGCUACCAAAUAUGCAAGACUUGCAGAAGCAACAGCUUUAGAUUCAUCAAUUGCUGUCACGUUAGCAGCACACCAAUCUAUAGGUUUGAAGGGAAUUCUUUUGUUUGGAAAUGAAGAACAAAAGAUGAAAUAUUUACCCAAACUUGCUGCUGGGGAAGAAAUUGCUGCUUUUUGUUUGACAGAGCCUUCCAGUGGAAGUGACGCAGCAUCUAUCCAAACUCGAGCAACUCUCUCUGAAGAUGGCAAAACAUAUUUACUUAAUGGUGGCAAAAUAUGGAUCUCUAAUGGAGGCAUUGCUGAUGUCUUCACAGUUUUUGCUAGAACAGAAUUGAUAAAUGAUAAGGGAGAAAAAGUAGAUAAAGUUACUGCAUUCAUUGUAGAGAGGAAUUUUGGUGGUAUUACAAAUGGUAAACCUGAAGACAAACUUGGUAUUCGAGGCUCUAAUACUUGUGAAGUCCAUUUUGAAAACACUCCAGUUCCUGUAGAAAAUGUUAUUGGUCAAGUGGGUGAAGGAUUUAAGAUUGCAGUCAAUAUUCUUAACAGUGGUCGGUUCAGUAUGGGGAGUUCCAACUCUGGCGCCCUCAAGAAGCUUCUGGCAAGCACCACUGAACAUACAAUCACCCGAUCUCAGUUUGGGAAAAAACUCUAUGAGUUUGGAAUCAUCAAGGAGAAGUUGGCAAAUAUUACUGUGAAUAUCUAUGUGAUGGAAAGUAUGGCUUACAUGACAUCUGGGAUUAUAGACAGCUAUCCUGAUGUGGAUGUUUCUUUAGAGGCAGCUAUUGUCAAGAUAUUCAGUUCAGAAAAGGCAUGGGAUUCCACAAGUGAAUGUUUACAGAUUCUUGGAGGAUUGGGUUACAUGAAAGAAUAUCCAUAUCAAAGGUCUCUACGUGAUUGCCGUAUAUGUAUGAUAUUUGAAGGAACCAAUGAAAUUUUGAGGCUGUUUGUUGGACUCACUGGUUUAAAACAUGCUGGUGUAUCUUUGAAGGAACUUAUCAAGAAAUUAAGAAACCCUCUGAAUAAUCCCGGUCUUCUUUUCCGUACCAUUUACUCCAACAUGAGGAACCAAGUGACUGAGCCUAAAAUAACUCAUGAACUUGCUGAGGCUGUACAUCCAUCUUUGAAGAGGGAAGCAGACAUGUUGGAGAAAUGUACUGCUCAGUUCAAAAAAAUUGUAGAAAUUAUUUUAGCAAGACAUGGAAAAAAAAUUGUUGAUCAACAGUUGGAUGUCCAACGUAUUGCAGACAUUGCUAUAGAUUUGUAUGCUAUGACAUCAUGUAUUGCCCGUGCAUCUCGUUCUUAUUCCAUUGGCUUGCGUAAUGCUGACCAUGAGAUAACAAUAACAAAAACAUUCUGUGCUCAUGCCAGCCAAAGAAUCGCUAACAAAGUGCAAGAAUUAAGUGUGGGAAGCGUUCUGAAUUAUGACGAAAACCUGAGACAGAUAUCAGACCGAAUAAUCAGUGCACAUGGAUAUGCUGCUGAACAUCCCUUGACUCGCAACUGGUAACAAUGGCAUGAAGUUCUAUUCAUCGUUAAUCAGAGUUGUCUGUAUGUGUAUAUAUAAUAAAGGCUUAUCUUCUA